AUGGAUCAAGAACGCAAGAUUCGCAAAAAAUUUGAAAUGAAGAGACGUCGAGUGGUUCUGUCGAUAAAGGAGAAAGCGAAAAUUAUCGAAGAUUUCGAAAAAGGGUUAUCUACCACGGAAAUCAAAAUCAAAUACAAAAUCCCGGAUUCCACUGCAUACGACCUGAAAAAAAAUCAACACAAUUUGAAAGAAGAAAUUGCACGAUAUCAAAUACCAUAUGAGAAACGCAAAACUUUGAAGAAGGCAAAGUAUCCUCUACUGGACAACGCGUUGUAUCUGUGGUUUUUGCAGAAACGGGAACGCCAUAUCCCUGUCAGUCAAGACAUGUUGGCCAUUCAAGCCAAAAAGUUAUUCACUGAAAUUUAUGGCGAAGGGACAUUCCAAGGAAGUCGAGGAUACACGCGAAAAUUCAUUCAACGGCACAGCAUUCGUUUUCUGAAAAUUACCGGAGAAAAGUUAUCAAAUGACUUGGCCGGUAUUGACGCAUACGUCGAACAAUUUGCCGCCAUUGUUCGAAAAAAUGCGUUAAGUGCUGCACAAAUAUUUAAUGCAGACGAAAGUGGAUUGUAUUAUAAAUGCACACCAGAUUCUACUUUUGUGGCGAACAACGAACCGUCAGCUCCAGGACGGAAAGGUAAUAAGGAGCGAUUAACGUUCAUGCCGUGCAGUAACGCAGACGGAUCCUUCAAGUUACCGCUGAUGAUGAUCGGUAAAUCGAAGCGACCGAGGGCGCUUAAGAACAUCGAUGUGCUACCCGUCUACUAUGCAUCUUCAAAAAAUGCGUGGAUGACCCGAGUGCUGUUCCGUGACUGGUUUUUCGAAGAGUUUGUGCCAAAGGUGACCGCUUAUCUGCAAUCAGCGAAUCUACCCCUCAGAGCCGUAUUGGUUCUGGACAAUUGCUCGGCACAUUGCAGCAUUGAUGAGUUGAGAACUCCUGAUGGGGCUUUUUCAACCAUUUUUCUUCCUCCAAACACAACAGCAGUUCUACAACCGAUGGACCAGAACAUCAUCCAGAUGGUGAAAGCAAACUAUCGGCACAAGUUGAUGCGGGAGAUUCUCGGACGUCCUGGAGAAUUUCAUGACAACCUAAAAAAGAUAAACAUCAAGGAUGUUAUAUUUUGGGUUGCAGAGGCAUGGGAAGAAGUUCCAGCGGCAUCGAUAGCUAAGUCAUGGAAGCUGCUGUACACCGAACCAGAAUUCGACGACGAGGAUGAUGUACCAUUGUCGAUUAUACAACAGCGUUUGGCAACGAUCAAAGAGAAGAUGGCAGAGAGGGAAGGAGAAACAAUUGAAGAUGAGAAUGCGGAGUUCGACACAAUGACUGAUGCUGAAAUAGUCAACGCUGUGAUCAAUCCUGAUGUUCUGUUCUAUGAAGGUGGAAGUACAUCGGACACAGUUUGUGAUGAGAAUGGAGACACGUCAACAGAAAACGCUAUGCAAGAUGAAGAACACGAGCAAAUUACUGAUCAAUCCGCGUUGAACAGUCUCGACAAUGUAAUCACGUGGGCUGAAGAAAAUCGACUGUCGCUGGAAAAACAGUUUUUCCUUCGAGAUUUAAGGGGAACUAUUUUGGAUAAAAUAGUUAAUAGUAAAUAA